UCUAUUUGACAAUUCUUAACAUACGCACACGGUAGAAAACACGGGACCUGUUUCUUAACUGCGCUCUCGUUAUUGCCUAGUGAAGUAUUCUGCGUAUUGCUUGUAUCUAUAAACUCUCAUUGACGUAUCUGCUGCUUACUAAACGAGCGCUAUUUGUGCAGAGGUAGGUGAAGCGGCGAAGGGACGUAGCAGUUUGUAUAGCUCUAGUUUGCAUUCUUUGGUAGAGCAUCGAUUUGUGUUUCCUGUAACAUGCUGCUACCGCGGUGGCUCGAGCAUUUGCGGGGGCCUUGUCGAGGGUCGGCAUCCGUCGCACGCAGCUUCGUAUGCUCGCGCUGCAGCCCUGCCCGCUUGCCCGACUAAACCUAAUUAUGCUUGUGAUGGAACCCUCCACAACAGACGCGCGCCAGGCGGCUGCAGGGUUAGGGGGCCCGUGCGCAUUUGUCAGUUCGCGGACAGUAUGUUGCAACGGGCAGACAGGCGGCACGAGCCAACAGCUUAGGCAGAGCUUGCAAGGAGGCAACAACAGAAAUGGACGUCGAUGCUGCUGGUCGUCCCCUGCAAGCACAGGCCAACCUGCGUGCUGGCGACAGCUUGUGCGCCGCGGCGGACUGGCUGCUUGACAGCGUCGCCGGGUGCAGCACCGGCUGCAUCACGGCACCGGCCGGAAACGCAAAUGCACUAGCGUUCGACCUUCAUGCUUCAGCUCAAGCGGCGGUCGCGAGCGCUGCCUUGGGUGAGGGCGCGGAGCUCGACAUCCCGGCCGACAUCGACCUGGACGACCUGAACUGGGAUACCUUCCUUGAAGCCGAAGGCAUGCAGCCAGACGUAGCUGGCAACGCGGCCGCUCAUGAAGUCCCUCUUGGCACCGGCGUCAGCCCACACAGCUCUGCGGGUUGCUGCACCGCGCCCGCGACCUGUGGCAGCCCGCGCCCAACCGCCAUCACCACAGGCGCACCGGCUCUUGCGGCACAGCAGGGGGCGGCGGCGCCAGCGGCGGCGGCGGCAGCCCGACCUGACACGCUCGACCCACAUCCCGGGUAUCAUCACCAGCAGUCCUCAUCAAUAAUGGUGACAGCGCAGCGGUGCCGUGCCCAUCCGACCCUGCUUUCAUCGCCGCGCGUGCAACCCCCCAACCCGGGCCACUCGCGCGUGCUGGAGCAGCAGCCGCCCCUUCUGUACAGCAGUGGCAGCAGCUGCGGGCCGGCUGUUGCCCUGGCCCCCAUCAACCUGCCACCUCUGCAACGCUGCCCUACCUCGAGCCUCCCCAAGGGCGCCAAAGCAAGCGGUCAAACUGGCGUGGAGGCUACGGCCGCCGCAGGUAGCGAGGGCUCGCCGCAGCCCCUUGUGCCAGCCUCGACCCUCACGAUGAGCAGCAACCAGACCGCUGCCGCCGCGGCGGCGGCUGCAGCAGCGGCGGUGCCCGCCAUUGGUCUCCACGCCGGUGAGGGUGGCGCCACCGGCGGCCCUGGUGAGGACAGCGACUCUCUGCUCAGCAGCAAGGGCAGCCAAACCACCAGUGCAGGCACUGCCCUGUGCCCGGCCGCCGCUGCCGCCGCCGCGACUGGCGCCGCCGCAUCCGCUGCCGCUGACGCAGGCGAUGACCAGCUCCCUGUGACGUCGCCCAAGCAGCCGUGUGCCGACGACACCGCCGGGCCGGCGCACAGGCCGUCGCUGCCCCUGCUACCUCCGCAAGGGGGCGCAGCAGCACAGCCAGCGGCACUACCGCUCGUGCCGCAGCUAACGGCGCCGGCGGCUCCUGCUGGCACGCCGCAGCUGCUGUGCAUGCAGCCCUCGGCACCGCCGCCGCCACCGCAGUUCACACCGGCAGCAUCACCAGCGGCAGCGGCCACAGCCAUGGCUCCCCAGGCCAGUGGCUGCCUGCUGCCGGGCCGCGCGUCCUUCUCCUCCACAUGCGCCUCUUCCUUCCUCACACCCGCCAGCUCGGCCGCACAAAGCUCCCUCGACGGUGCCCCGUCCAUGGCGGCUACGGCGCUCGGUGACUCUUCCCUUCAUCACCAUCAGCAAACGCUGUCCCAGAACAGCCACCACGGCCAACAGUACGCCCGCGGCGGGUUCCUGACGCAGCCGCAGAUCUCCCUGCCCUGCCUGCCGGCUGCACACUCCCAGCCGACGCCCGAGCUGCUGCCACCCACCAGGAGUUCGCCACUGCAGCCGGGGCCGCCGCAUGCGACCAGCGCCCUUGCGCCCAUGAAGUCGCAGCCGCUCCAGCCAGCUUCUUCGCAGCAGCCGCAGCAGCUGCAGCCGUCACCGCUCCCGCCACCGCUUACUGCGCGGCAGCUAGCCAAGGCCGCGGCGGCGGUUGCUGCGGCGGCGACGCUGGGACUGCCACCGCCGGACCUGGUUGGUUUAGGGCUGCUGCCUCCUGGUCACCGCUUCCACUUCCCGGCCACUCCCGCCAACGGCUCCGGCGCAUCACGGCCCACUGCCGCCACCAGCACAGCAACGGCCAAGUCAGCCACCAGCAGCAGCCGUGCCACCAUGGCCCCCCGCCAGCCGCCGCACAUGCCGAUGCCAAUGCCGGUACCAAGCAUGGCGGCGCACCUGCCGGCUGCCGCCGGCCGCUCACACACUGGCUCCCUGCAGCUGGGCGCGUGCGGGUCUGUGUUUGGCGCACCCGGUGCAGCAGCGCUUGCGGCGGCGGUGGGCGCCAGCCCACCCCGCCACACCAGCCCCGUCCCGGUCACAUCGGCCGACAUGCCGCUCCCGAUGCCCAUGCCGCGGGCAUUGCCGCCACCGCUGCCGAUGCCGAUGCCAGCUCGGCAGUCGUCCGCACGGCGGUUGGCCGCACCUGCUGACAGCUCUUCGCCGCCGCAGCAGCAGCUGCCCAUGCGGCGCUACCACAGCACUUCUCUGAGCGCGAUUGCCACCGCCGCUGGUUGGCCCAGCGCAGCGCACCACCCCUACCAGCGCCCCGCCUCCGCUACGGCCACCAACGCAGCUGGUGCCGCAGCUACGGCCGCAGGCUGCAUGGCAACGACCAGGCGCACAGCCUCCGGGGCGGUGGCGGAUGCCGAGGUGAUGGCGGCCUGGCACAGCGGCAGGCCCGCCGGCGGCGGCAGCGCCGGCCGUGGCGGCUGCGCCCCGUACGCUGGCGAGGCAGCCAGUGGCCAGCAGGCGGCCGGCGACGAAUGCCAGCAGGGCAACGACGAUGCGGGUUGGGACCUGCGUGAGCAUGACAUGAUGGAAGACGUGGCUGGGCCUCCUGCCAUGCUUGGGGGCGUUACUGGCUACGGUAACAGCUACUGCAGCGGCAACGGCAACGGAGGCAGCAGCGGCAACGGUAAUGUUGGCGGCGGUCGCGCGUCCUGCCCUGUGCUGCCAGGGGGCCGGCACGCCGGCGCUGGCGCGGUGAUCACCACCGGCUUCCCGGACAGGCCGCCGCUGGGCCUUGGCAUGUCCGCAUUUGGCAGCGACCAGGUGUGGGCUAGCCGGCGGAGCAACUUCAGUGCUGGAGGAGCAGCAGGCGACGCUGCUAGUGGUGGCGAAGCCGACGGCAACGAGGAUGGUGCUGCAGGUGGCGAGGAGCUGGAUGAGCUGCUUCAGUCACUCAAGUCGUCUGAUUUCGACUUUGAGGACCCGGGCCUGCAAGGAGGCCACAUGGAGGCAGCGACGGCCGCGGGUCAGGACGUGGCGAGAUACGCCGCGUGCCAUGGCGCAGCAGCAGCAGCAGGUCCCUCGAGCGGGCGGCUGGCGGAGGAUCCCGGGCAAAGCAUGGCUGCAGCUCCUGUGGUGGGUGCUUGCGCGGGUGCUGCAGCCGACGCACACAUGGCAGAGGCGCAGCAAGGCCACACCUGCGCGCAACCAAUUCAUGCCCGGCACAGCAGCAACGGCGGCUCACAAUCGCAGCGCCAGCAGCCGCAACAAGCGGCACCCAGCCGGUUCAGCGGCGGCGGUGGCGGCAGUCAAGGCACCUGUGGCGGCACCAACGCCGCCGGUGGCUCCGCAGCACAUGGCGACGAUCGUGACACGCAGCUUCUCCAAGCGCUUCUGAACGUCCGCAGCAGCUGUGGCGGCUGCGAGGGCGGCAUGCCUCGCCGGACCUGGUCACUGCCCGAGGCAGUCCAGGCGCCCACAGACAUGGACAUUUGCACGGGGGGCGCGGAUGCGGCGGUGGCGGCGGAGACAACCGCCACGUCCAGGGCAGGCGGCGGAGCUGGCGGCGGCAAGGCCGCGGGCCCUCUUGAUGUGCUGCGGGCGUCGCGGGGAGGAGCGCGCCCUAGCGGCGGCGGCGCAUCCCUUCACGCGUUCUACAGCCUGCAGCCAGAGGCGAUGGCGGCAGGGCUGGCGGGUGUGGCGAUGAGCCCGCUUGAGGCGCACGCGUCGCUGCAUCACCCCAGCGCUCUGCAGCUGAGCACCGGCGGCGGCGCGCACUCCCCCGCUACUGCUGCUGCGGCCACGCCUGCGCCCAUGCCGGCAACCAGCUACCGCUCGCUGCCCUACACACAGCAGCAUCAGCCGCCGCCGCAGCAGCAACGGCAACCGCAGCCGCAUGUGCAGCACUACGGCGCGGAGCCGAGCCGCUCCUCCUCUGCCAUGUCCUACGUGGACAACCACCAACAGCAGCCCUGCCAGCGGCUGCACAGCCUCCUCCAAACCCAUCAGCCUCAGUCUCAGCCCCAGCACCAACACCAGCACCCGCACGCCGCGCCUGUGGCCGCUGCAGUGGCGACGUGCCAUGGAGGUGCAGCGGCGCACUUCAGUGCUCCUGGCUAUCCGCCGCCUCACUCCUACUCGCCACCUCAUCAGCCACCUUAUCAGCCGCCGCCGCCUUCGCAGCAGCAGCAACAGCAGCCUGCAGCCAGCUGCACCUGCGCGGAUUGCUACAGGGCGACGGCAGCCGCGGCGGCGGCAACAGCGGUGGCUGCUGCGGCCGCCGCGGCUGCAGCGAUGUCGAGUGGGGCUGCCUCCUACCAUAACCACCACAAUCAGCACCACCACAGCUACCGUCAGCACGCACACGCCAUUAUUGGCCAGCAGGCGCCACAGCACCCCCAGGACCCCUCUGCAGCGGUUCCAGCGGGCGGCGGUGCCAGCAGCAGCGGCCACCAGCACUACGCAGUCGCCCAAGGCUACGGUCAGUAUGCGCCUAGCUAUUACCCCGGAGGUUGUGGCAGUCUCGCCCAUGCCCCGCAUCAGCAACUCCACCAGCACGGCUACCAGCAGCAGCUGCUGCCGCAGCACCGCGCGCCGUCGCCGCCACACGGGUUCCCCCAUUCCGCCCACGGCUCACAGCAGCCGCCGCCGCCAGGGCCAUGCACGCUGCCGUGCUGCUACCCGCCCCGCCCGGCGGCCCCUGCCGCUGCCGGCUGGGCCGCGGCAGCGGAGCAUCAGCACCACCAGAACCCAGCGAGCAGCUAUGGGUAUGCAAGCGCCCAGCAUCCAUACACGCAUCACCCGCACGGUAACACGGCGCCUGUCUGCGGCAGUGAGUAUGCGCCAUCAGCGUCCGUGCGCAUGCUGCCUCUGCCGCCGCCGCCGCCGCAGCAACAACAACAACAGGGGGAGUCGCAGUAUGCGCCUGCACAUGCCGGGGCCGCUACAGCAGGCGUGUACGGAGCGCCACCGCCAGGCCCGGGCGCCAGCAGGGCCUUCCCCACCCUGUCAGAUGCAGAUGGGAACGGUGGCGCCAAUGCUGGUGGCAUGCGGGGCAAUGCAUCCGCCCUAGCAGGGCACAGCAGGGGAGCUUACGCAAUGGCAGGUGCUUACACGCAUUGCAGCCACUCGGGGCAGCCGCUGAUGUUGCCGCCUGGCACAAGUUAUGGUACAACCAGCUACUAGAUAGGGUUGAUAUUCAUGGCCUUUCAUUGACGACGUGUGACAAGUGACGUGACUAGGCACGGAUUGGCGAAGCUGGAUACCUGCCAGGUGUACGCUACGAUCAGGACAGUUAGGGUGUUGGAAAGUCAUGCAAUGGGUGAGGACCAAUUGAAGGACAUAUGACUGGCGCGCAGCCAUGCGUGCCACACUCACACGGCGGUGUACUGUUUGACGCAUGAUCUUGACAUUAAGACAUUUUAGACUGUCGCACGCGCUGCUUGUGCCGUUAUAAUUCUAUCCAUGCACGUGAUAGUCAUGAAUUUCCGCAAGUAAGGGGCCAGACCCGCCGCCGGAUGAUUGCACCGGUGGGAGAUAGAGGAGCUGUUGGCUAACGCCACGGCCUCGCUUACGUUGACCAACCGGACCAAAACCUUCCCAUGACAAAGAACUUAGUGCAUAGGCCUGUGUGCUCACUGUGCUGACGUAGCACGUGAAAGUGUGUGCGUGAAUGAUGAUGAGCCCGACGCUAGCCGCUAUAGCUUAACAUUGAUUGUCUGUUAUUCUCUAGGGCUCAUUCACCGCUGACCCUAACCAGAGCAGGGAGAUAGCUCCCUGGAAGGCCGUAGCAUGGCACCCUAGAACAAUAGCCUCGGGCCUCCAUUCUUUGCUUCUGUACAGUAUGUGGGUUUGGAAUGUCGUGGCGCAAGUCAAGUAAAGCGAGUAGAUUGAUCAAGCGUAGGGAAUGCGCCUUUAGUCAAUUAUGGCAGGGAUUUUACAUCUGAUUGCACGCACAAAUUGAGCAGGUACGGAAUGGCGGUUACGGUGUGCGCAGCAGCAUGUGAUGAGUACAGUAGUUGGUGGCUUCCGCUCUGACACGCAGGAGGGCCUUAGCCCUGGGGACGCUUGGAAGCGGGAAUGCUUGGAUGACUUGGCUGGGGACCCGGCUGGGCCUGGUGGCAACAACAUAAGGUCAGCGUCAAAGCUUUAAGGCCAAUUGUAAAUUGUGCUAGGG